CUUUGCAGGCUCCGCAUUUAUACAGCGCAGGGAAAUGGAUAAGUUCGUUAUACGGAACCCAAAGCUUCAGGAACCAGGGGGUAAAAUUCCGUGUAAAGAGAAGCGGGCAGCGGGGCAGGCGACUCUGUAUUCCCUGAAGAGGGUUGUGGUUCUGGAAGAUAUAAUGAGAUGGAAAUGUAUCCUGGAGCUUCCCAAUCAGACAAGUAAAAAGCUGCUGAGAACACUGCAAGAACUUCAGAAGAAAAUUCCAUCCGAAGAAGUGAUCAGAUCAACAAAAAUUGGUGAGGCAGUGGAAAACCUCCAAAAACACAGUGACGGAGAGGUGUCAGACCUAGCACGAGAAGUUCAUACCCAGUGGGAUACAUUUAUAAAGGAGAAGCGCUGCAAACCAAACAUAGAAGUGAGGAGUGAUGCAGCAACAGAGAAACUACGUCUCAAUGCCAGGCGUCUGCUGGCCGAGUCAUUGCUUGUGGAGGCAGAUGACUCCUUGGUUGAAUGUAUCGAACGUGAAGUUUUUUACCAGAGCUCCCGUCUGAUAAACGUGCAUUAUCGGAGGACAGUUCGCGCGCUUGUGUUUGCUCUGAAGCACAAGCCUGAGGUUCGAUCAAAAGUCAGGGAUGGAGCUACGCCAGUCGAAGAGCUUGUGCGAAGUCAUAAGAAAUAACACAUGUUUACACCCAUUGGCAAAACCACCACUUAGGGAACAUAAAUGGCAAAAAAGAACAA